UUUUCUUUUUCUCUCUUCUUUCAGUUUUCACAGUUAUUCCUCUUGACAUUUUUUUUUUCAACGAUAAUAUUAAAUGAUCUCCCCUUGUAGUUUUUUCACAUUUUUUUUGUAACACCUAGAUCUGCAGUGCAAGAUAACUAUAAAUCGCAUAUUACGAGAUACAUGAUUAUAAAUUUCAUCUCUCCGCUUUAUGAAAGAUUGUUUUCCUCAGGAGUUUUAAUAUAAAAUUUCUAGAUCUAGUUCAAGUUGUUCUUAAAUGCUUACUUGUGCCUUUCUUUGUGGAGGAUCCUGUAGAGAUGAUUUUUAUCUAGACGUAUUUGUUUGGUGCUCUGUUGAUUAAGAAAGUGCUUAUAGGAAUGGCAACCUGUUUGAAUUCAUUAAGUCAUGAUUAUUAUUGUCGUCGUGUGUAAUUUAAUUCAGAGUGUUUGGAUUGUUUUAUUUCUUGAAGUGAAGAUAUCUAGCUACCGACCCUAUCUACCUCGCUGUCUGUGUGGCCUAUUUCUCUGACCGGUCACCCCGCUGCCUUUAUGACUGGUCGCCAAGACCUCACAAGUUGACCUCACAAAAUGACCUCACAAGUUGACUUCUCAUGUUGACCUCUCUGUGAUCGCCUGCUUCCAAAAACAAAGCUGACUGUGAUGUUUGUGUUGUGUGUCCGUCUCAACGUCUGCUCGUCUUGUUCAAAAUCGAGCAAUCAAACUUUAUAGAAGUUAUCAACUUUGUACAACUUAUCAACUUAAUAGAACAUAUCAACUUUAUAGAACGUAUCAAAAAUGAAAUUCGCUGUUGUUACAAGUGCCACUUACCUGAUACUACCUCAGUACAUACUAGGAUUAGUACUUCUAGCACCACCAGGUACCCAUCAUAAAGAGGAAGGCGAUGACAACCUAGAGCUCAUUGACCUUGACGAUAGCUUAACACAGCUGUCCUGGACGGUACCCAUGAGCAACCUAGAGCGCGCGGUUCUACCACUGGACGACGAGGAUGGAACGCUGACCAAGGACCUCCUCAGUCUACGCCGUGGCAAAAGUCGUCCGAAGAACUCUCUCCGGUCCCUGAACUCUCAUCGUCACGAGAUCCUAAAAAAUAACUCGGACCUGUUUUCAGAUGUAGGUCACAGUCUGGAGCAGGCCGGUGACUCAUCGACCCGGCAAAUAUCGCACGUCACCUCGAGGUCGGGGUCUAUACCUGACGCCCGGGGCCCUCAGCUUUCACACCUCGUAGAAACAGUAACGCAAUCGCUCCGCGGUCGGAUUGAGCUGCGGGCUAAUGGAUCUAUCGACACGCCUUUAAGGACAAAGCAUAGGCGUGUACCAGGACGUGUACAGACCGACAGCAGCAACGACAGCAGCAAGAGCAGCACUUCGCAAAAGCAGUCCAGUGUAUCUCAGGGAGAGGAUGUUCUAUCACAGGGCAGACGUUCUCAAGUCCACAACAUAACACAAUCUGACUCGUCGGCUUCUCGUAAGUAG